UCAUAUACCGCGCUGUCUUCCUGCUGAGUCCCCACUCUGUCUCCGGUAGCGGUCCACGCCGCUUCUCCACCUCGCCUCGCCUCGCCGUUCCACGCUCCCAAGUUCACACCCGGGGGGGAGAGGAGGACGCGUCAAGUGUUUUUUUUUUUCCGUGGGGGCGGAGCGAAUCGAGGAGAUAUCGCUGAGCUGGAUUGCAGGCAUCAUGGUGAACAUCCCAGAAUACUUUGCAGGGAAAAAUGUGCUCAUCUCUGGAGCUACAGGCUUCAUGGGCAAGGUGCUGCUGGAGAAGCUGCUGAGGUCCUGUCCAGAGGUCGGAGCCGUCUAUGUGAUGGUCAGAUCUAAAGGUGGUCAGAGCCCUAAGGUCCGCAUCGCUGACAUGAUCAACUGCAAGCUCUUUGAAAGACUGCAGGAGGAGAAGCCGGAUUUUGCAGAGAAGAUCAUCGCGGUGAGCAGUGACCUCACGCAGCCGGAGCUGAAUCUGAGCAAAGAGGAUCAGAGCGUCCUGGCUGAAAACAUCAACAUCAUCUUCCACUGUGCUGCCACCAUCCGCUUUAAUGAGCCACUCAAAGAUGCAGUGCAGCUGAAUGUCCUGGCCACCCAAAAGAUGCUGGCUCUGGCCCACAAGAUGAAGCACCUGGAGGUCUUUAUUCACGUCUCCACAGCCUACGCCAACUGUGACCGGGAGCUCAUUGAGGAAGUCAUCUACCCUCCCCCUGUAGACUACCGCAAACUCAUCGAUUCUCUGGAAUGGAUGGAUGAUGAUCUGGUUUCUGCAAUGACUCCUAAGCUGAUUGGACAGCGCCCCAACACCUACACCUACACCAAGGCUUUGGCGGAGUAUCUGGUGCUGCAGGAGGCCGGAGACCUCAACGUUGCCAUCGUGAGACCAUCCAUAGUCGGAGCCAGCUGGAAAGAACCGUUCCCUGGCUGGAUCGACAACUUCAACGGCCCCAGUGGGAUAUUUAUUGCAGCUGGGAAGGGGAUCCUGCGUACAAUGAGAGCCUCUAACAACGCCGUGGCCGACCUGGUUCCUGUAGAUGUGGUCAUCAACGCCACGGUGGCGGCAGCUUGGUACUCUGGGUCGCAGAUGCACAGCAGGCCUAAAAGCAUCCUGGUGUACAACUGCACCACCGGUGGGAUCAACCCGUUUCACUGGGGGGAAGUUGAGUACCAUGUAAUAUCCACAUUCAAGAGGAACCCCCUUGAGCAGGCCUUCCGUCGGCCCAAUGUUAAUCUCACAUCCAAUCACCUAAUCAAUCAGUACUGGAUCGCUGUGAGCCACAAGGCUCCGGCCUUCCUCUAUGAUCUGUACCUCAGGCUGAUUGGACGCGAGCCCAGGAUGAUGAAGACGAUCACUCGCCUCCACAAAGCCAUGAUGGUGCUGGAGUAUUUCACCAGCCACUCUUGGGUGUGGAACACAGACAACGUGGCCAUGCUGCUGGCUCAGAUGAGCCCAGAGGAUAAGAAGGUAUUUAACUUUGACGUGCGUCAGCUGCACUGGGCUGAGUACAUGGAGAAUUACUGCAUGGGCACCAAGAAAUACGUCCUGAACGAGGAGCUGUCAGGGCUGCCUGCAGCACGCAAACACCUCAACAAACUGAGGAACAUCCGUUACACCUUCAACACCGUCCUGGUGGUGCUCAUUUGGCGAGUCUUCAUCGCCCGGUCUCAGAUGGCCAGAAACAUCUGGUACUUCGUGGUGAGCCUGUGCUUCAAAUUCCUCUCCUACUUCAGAGCUUCCUCCACCAUGAGAUAAUGAGCGAGGGGGGACACAGCGACGGGUGGAGAGGCGGAGGGAUGAAGAAGCUGUGGAUGAUGAAAGAGGAGAGAUCCCAGCUGUCUGAAACCAUUAACCACCUGACGGCUACCGGACCAGCCUGGAGUCUACAGCUCGCCCUAAAAAGAAAAAAAAAACAAAACAAAAAAAAAAGUUGCACAUCUCUAACCUGAUCUCCAGCAUUUUGUAAAUGCCGCUCCGACUAACAGCUCUCAGGCGAGUUAGAGAAGCUUGCUUUCUGUUCGUCUCCAGCUUUUCCUCUGGAGCACUUCCUGCGACCCUGCUCUGUCUCUUCUUCGUCUCUCUGCUCGCCUGCCUGCAAAACCGAAGCUAUGCACUGGGCCGCGCUCCGCAGCAGAAGUCCUCCGCUGGCUUUGAGUCGAGUCCAGGCAUCAGUUCUGUAACGUCUAACACUCCCAGAUGCAAGUCUGUGUCUUUGUUCAUUUUUUUUGUGCGUGUGUGUGUGUGUAGAAAGCAGGGGGUUUUCAUCCAACAGUAAACUUGUUUGGCUCGUUCAGGGACAGUUUAAAACCCACUCCCCCUCCCUCCCUCCCUCCCUCCCCAAACCAAAGCCAUUUCAACCAACGUCUAAAGUUAAAGACUUGCCUCGCAGUCUUUCUCUCGCUCUUCCCGCUUCGGCCUCAGCCCUCCUUUACGUCCCGAUUGGACGGCAGCGGCUCGUUCCCUGAUCGCGACUAAGCACAAUGUAGAUUGUAACGCUUUCCCCAGUGCCUACGAACUGAUUAUUCUAUCAGCACAAAUCAAGCAGCUUCUUCGGUUUCUUCUUCUGGAGGUUCCUUCUUCAUUAUUAUUUGCCAAAAUACCUCUUAGCUGACAGACUCGUAGCUCAGUUGAGGAUGAGACAGGUGGAGUUGAGAGGAUUCUCAAGUUAGGAAAUUAAACACACUCCAGUACCAGUUUAUAACUUGAAUCAUGACCAGUUUCUUUUUAUUUUUUGACUUUCGGGCACUACUUUUUGGGUUGCGUAAGACGUAGCUUGCCAUCUUUAGCGAGCAUGUUUUAUUUAUUUACUUUCCGAGCUGCUUCUUGGGUUAUUUCUUGUUUUAAAAAAUCUUCUGUUUCGCUUCGAUAGAAAUUUGCCUCACGAUCUGAUUCGAAGGCUCGUUUCAGUCGCGUUCGUCUGAGUGUGUUUGUACGACUCGGCCCUCGACGCUACAUCAGGUCAUACACGAGCAUAACUCAAUGUGCACUUUGUCAUCUUUGUCUUUUUUUUGUGUGUGUGUGUGCGUGCGUGUUACCUUUCCCUAUUUAUUUCAGCACUCUGAGCUUGGAGGAAGCAUGCCGCGUGCUGACGUUCGUGCUUGCAUGCGCCUCGUGCCAUCUCUUAAAGCCCUGCACCCGUUCAGGAAUGUGAGCGCUCUCUCUCUCUUUGCAUGAGCCAUUUUUACACGCGCUGAAAGAAUAAACCCUCCGAAUCGUGCCUGAACUUUUUCUCAACAGUCAAAAAUGAUGUGAAAAAGAAAGCAAUCAGAUCUAUGUUUUCUAAUUAUUUUGUGCAUAGCUCUAUUGAGGUAGACUUUUCCAUAUAUAUGGGAAAAAAAAGGUAUUUUUAUGUUAAUGCCGUUGUGUUGCUAGUUUACUCACAACUGCUGCUGUAAAUGUGAACAUCAGAGGUUAAUUAAAUAGCUUUCAUCAUACUGUGUGUGUGCGCACGUGCACACUUCAUCCUUCUCUGAAUGUAAAAGAAUCUUCUUUGUACAGUGGUAUUCUUCCUCAGAGUCUGAAACUAAAAUGUAAAUGCCUGUAAUUUUAUUGUAAAGGAAGGUUUAUUGGAGGGCUUGGUGGUCAGGGGUCGCCGACUCCAUUUCCUCUUUAGAGAGCGAGCGAGGGGCUUUCUGUCAAAUCUGGUGGAGUUUAAAAAAAAAAAAAAAAGAAAGUAAUGUCCAAUAAUUCAGGGUUUCCUUUGAGCUUGUUGUUGUGAUUGAGAUGUGAGAGUGGCUUCUUUUAACGAGAGGUCAGGAACUACUGAAUCAAACCACAGGGAUGCUUUCUCAUAAGUAGCAUCAUCUCUGCUCAAAGUAAAUCCUAAAUGGUCACAUCCAUCUAUCAUUUGCAUAUUUUAAAGCCCAGGAAGACACAUUUCAACCCUUCAUGUUCGAUAUUUGUAACAAAAACGAGUAAAGUUACAGGAAUAAUUUGACAUUUUGAGAAAUCACUUUGAACCUUUUCUUGCAAAGUUGGAUGAGAGCAUGUGGCUUGUUAGCUUAGCACGGCAUAAAGACUAAUGACCCGUGCGUCUACCACCUCUAAAUCAGCCCACCACCAGCCUGUGCAUCAUUGAUUAGUAUUUAUUUGUGCAGAUUAAUUAAAAAAAAUAAAAUAAAGGAUAGAUGUUACAUGUGGAGAUUGUUCCUAGCUACUUUCUGUCUUCAGAGUUUAUGCUAGGCUAACAGUUUCCUGCUACAGUUUUUGGGACAGAUGUAAUAUUCAACAUUCAAAAAAAAAAAAAAAAAAAAAAGAAAAGAGAGAGACAGUUAAUAUGUGAGUAAAUGUCAAAUCUGUUAAAUUAAUAACAAACAAUCUAAUCCAUCCUUUGCAGGACUCUAUAUGUGUGGUUUUAACCUUGGCUGAGAAUAACGUCCUCCAGUCACUCACUGGGGGAAGAAAACUAAUCAAAAUCAGUCUUUCCUUAAACUCUCCAGUUUGGCACUUAAACAUGUUCAUGAUUCUGUAUCUUCUUGGUUUCACGUCAUUUCCUGUUCGAAGCUGUGUUGAUGGUUUCAUGAAUCAUGAAGUACAAAUGUCUGUUUUUUGAAUGCACGGCCCAGUGUGUUGAUCACCUCAUCAAAGUAGGAAUGACUUUUUUUUUUUUUAAUUAAUUUUCAAGUUUCUUUUUUUUGGCAUUACUUAGUAAUUCUAUUUGCUUUUUUUUUUUUUUUUUUUUUAAAUAAAUAAACAGCCAGAAAAGUAAUAAGUAAAAAAAAAAAAAAAAUAAAUCUUGCGCUGUAGAUUUAAAGUCGCUCCUACUCUGAGCAGUGUGAUCGGCACCGGCCUCAGUGUUUCCUGUCUGAAGGUGGGAGAGGAGUUCUUGCCAGUCAUUUUCUAUGUGAAACUCAUAAAGAAAAAAAAAAUAAAUCAAUGGGUGCCUUUUGUUUGUAAACCAAAAAAAAGGAAUAAACCUUGUUUAAUCCUCCUGA